AUGUUUACCUUUAGCUCAUUACAGGGAGCGCUAUCAGAAUCAGCCGCGUCGCAAUCUAUUCUUGAGCUAGAUGGAGGUAUUAAAGUCUUGGUUGAUGUCGGCUGGGAUGAGUCCUUUGAUGUCGCUAAGCUUAAGGAACUAGAAAAACAGGUGCCCACGUUAUCCCUAAUUCUUCUGACGCAUGCUACAACAAACCAUAUUGCCGCUUAUGCGCAUUGUUGUAAACACUUCCCCCGUUUUACAUCCAUCCCAGUAUAUGCGACAUCGCCUGUAAUCGCUCUAGGUCGCACCCUACUCCAAGAUCUUUAUGCCUCUACCCCCGUUGCUGCCACCACGAUAUCUUCUGCUUCUCUCGAAGAGGUCUCGUAUGCAGCUCAACAGUCUUCCUCCGACAUACUUCUACAAGCUCCCACGCCCGAAGAGAUUGCGACAUAUUUCUCCCUAAUACAUCCUUUAAAGUACUCCCAACCACACCAACCGCUUGGUUCCCCAUUUUCCCCUCCCUUGAACGGCCUGACGAUUACGGCGUACAACUCAGGUCGAACCCUUGGAGGCACUAUAUGGCAUAUACAGCAUGGGUUGGAAUCUAUUGUGUACGCCGUAGACUGGAAUCAAGGACGCGAAAAUGUGUUCGCGGGAGCGGCCUGGCUGGGUGGUGCAGGGGGUGGAGGUGCUGAGAUUAUCGAACAGCUGCGAAAGCCGACUGCUCUGGUAUGUAGCAGCAGAGGAGGCGAGAAAUCAUCUAUUGCUGGAGGCCGGAGUAAGCGAGAUGAACAAUUGUUAAACAAGGUUAAGGCCUGUACUACAAGGGGAGGUACCGUUCUAAUACCUAUCGACUCGAGCGCCCGCGUCCUAGAGCUGGCCUACCUGAUGGACCAUGCAUGGCGAGCGGACGCGACGACGGGCGAUGGCCAGCUAAAAUCCGCCAAACUCUACCUUGCAGGACGCAAUAUUCACAGUACUAUGAGAUAUGCCCGUAGUAUGCUCGAAUGGAUGGAUGAUGGCAUCGUUCGAGAAUUCGAAGCCGUAGUCGAUGGCUCUAGGCGAGUUAACGGCACAACGGAUGGCGCCAAAUCUGGUAAAGAAGCUGGCCCAUUCGACUUUAGAUUCCUGAAACUACUGGACAGAAGUGGUCAAAUCGAGAAGGUCUUCGGUGGCGAAACCGACGACAGUUCUACGGCCGGCAGGGUCAUCCUCGCAAGCGACUCUACACUCGAAUGGGGGUUCUCGAAAGACGUACUGAAACGGAUCGCGCAGGACUCGAAAAACAUGGUCAUCUUAACAGAGUACCCGUCCUUAGCCUCGGAGACACGUCCGUCCUUGGCGAGAAGUCUCUGGGCGUGGUGGAAAGAAAGUCAGGAACGUGCAAGUGAGGUCUCGAAUGGUAUAGAUACGCGCAAGCUCGAAUUUACGGACGCAAAAAGGCAACCCUUAGAAGGCAACGAUCUCGUCAUCUAUCAGCAAUGGCUUGCACAGCAGCGCCAGCUUCAAACUACUCUUCAGAGUGGAGGGGCCAACGUGCUUGAAGCGACAGGGGAUGUAGGCGAUGAGGCUUCCGAAUCAGAGUCAGAGUCGGAAGAUUCCGAUAAUGAGCAACAGGGCAGGGCUUUGAAUGCCGCAACUACGAUGGGCCAGGCUAGUAGGAAAAAAGCUGCUCUAACAGACGAAGAUCUGGGUAUCAACAUAUUACUAAAAAAGAAGGGCGUCUAUGAUUUUGACAUAAGAAAUAAAAAGGGUCGAGAUAGAAUGUUUCCACACCCAGUCCGUCGAAAGCGUGCUGACGACUAUGGGGAGCUUAUUCGACCGGAAGAUUUCCUAAGGGCAGAAGAAAGGGACGAUAACGAUGGCCAGGACCAGGCACAUAUGGGAAGAGAUGAAGAAGAGGAGAGACUUGGAAAGAAGCGGAAGUGGGACAACGCUACGACUUCUGGCAAAAACCAGGGUUCCGGUCCAUCUAAAAGACCACACUUUACUCGUAACAUUACCGAUGAGUUCGAACCAGCAUUAUCCGAUGGUCUUGUCGAAGACGAACUUGAUGGGAUUCCCGACGAUCCAGACGAAACAAACUUGGGCCCGUCGAAACUGGUAUUGACAACGGAGACCGUUGCUAUCAAGUUAGAAGUCGAGUUCAUUGACCUUAGUGGUAUUCAUGACAAGCGAAGCUUGCACAUGCUGAUUCCUCUAAUCCAACCUCGUAAACUUAUUCUCAUUGGUGGAAAUGAAGGAGAAACCUUGACAUUGGCUUCAGAUUGUAAGAAGCUAUUAGCCGAAGGUUCCGUUAGUAUCUAUACGCCAAACGUGGGCACGGCCAUCGAUGCGAGCGUUGACACGAAUGCUUGGGUGGUGAAAUUGGCCCCCUCACUUGUAAAACAACUUAAGUGGCAGAACGUUCGUGGAUUAAGCAUUGCGACAGUCACAGGACGACUACUUGCAAUACAUAAGGAAUUGGCUAUACGCCACGACGAGGAAGCCGCGAACAAGCGCCUGAAAACUGAGGACUCGACGGAACCUCCAGUCGAAGUAGUGGAGGAAGAAGUUGUCGAGCCUACACUUGACGUUCUUCCCACCAACAUGGCGUCGGCGACACGGUCCGUUGCCCAGCCUUUACACGUAGGAGACUUGCGACUGGCGGAUCUGAGAAAGGCUAUGCAGCAGUCGGGUCAUACGGCAGAGUUCAGGGGCGAAGGCACGUUGUUGGUCGAUGGAUCGGUAGUCGUGCGGAAGACUACGGCAGGUCGGAUUGACGUGGAAAGUAUCGGUCUCCCGACAGAUGGUGGCCCCGCUACCCAGCUUGGUGGCACUUUCUACGCCGUAAAGAAGACUAUCUACGAGAGCUUAGCCGUGGUUGCCGGUGCUUAA